CCCCACUUUCGGUCCCUUAUUUUGUGCUUAUCUGAGAUGCAUAGUCAUAGAAGGAGCAGAAUGGUAUAUAAGCACCGCCCCUUCUUCCAAACGAUCUUUUGCAAUAUCAUCCCCUCAAGCGAAGCUCCUUUUUAGCCCAUCAUGAAGUUUCAAUAUCUACUUCCAAUUUUCUCCGUUCUUCUCACCUCUGGUCGCACUUACAGCUGUUCUACCUCCGCAACUUCGAACAAUUGGGACCCAUCCAAAGACACCUAUCCUAGCGUUCGUCGUGUAAAUACGACAUUCUCUUAUCGUUCAGCAAAAGCGAACGGCAAUGUCACCGUUCCAGAUCCAUACAAUUGGUUGGAGGCCGAUAUGGAUACAUCGGCCGAUGUGAAAGGAUUCAUUGAUGCACAAAUGAAAUUGUCAAAUUCAUACUUAAACAGAUCCAAAGAUUACGAUGCAAUUUUCGAAUCUAUCAAAAAUCUCAAUCGAUUCGUCAAUAUCGGUUUGCCAACCGCUUUCGGUCCUUUGGACGAUAGAAAGUACAUCUAUAGUGCAACGCAACCGGAUGAUGCAAGACCGAUCUGGUACAUUGCAACAGCAGAUGAAAUGCAAGCUGCAUACAAGAACAAUUUCAAUCCUUUACCUGGCUCCAAAUAUUUCAACGAAAAUUUGCUCAGUUCAGACGGCUCUCAAACAAUCAAAGAAUUUGAUGCUUCACCAAAUGGCAAAUUACUGGCCUACAUCUUCAAUGACGGAGGCGGUGAUAGUUACACCGUUUAUGUUCGUAAUACUUCUUCUCCUUUUCUCCAACCGGGAAACGUUGCAGGCGGAGCAGGAAGACUACCGAAUGACGUCUUACCCUAUGGAGCUGGCGGAAGCGUUUGGUGGGUUGAUGAUACAGGAUUCAUUUACAGUGAACAAAAAACUCAAGAAUCAACUGAAGGCUAUGGAUCAAGUAUCAAGUAUCAUCGGAUUGGUGAUAAAUAUGAACAAGAUAUCACAGUCGUUGGUGUAGUAAAGGACGAUCCAUAUGUAUACUGGAAUACAUUGGUGUCAAAAGACAAGAAAUGGUUGAUAGCACAAAAGCAAAAAGGAGUUGAUUUCCACAAUACGGUCUACAUCGCUUCUUUGAAUCAAACAAUUUCGGGAAACAUGAAAUGGCAAUCAAUCGCUCCGGAUAUGAGCGCUCAAAUGUACUACUUUGCCAGCAUUGGCAAUACGAUCUACUUUGCAACGGACGACAAUGCGCCAAAUAUCAGGGUGAUUAGUGUACAAGUUGAUGAAAGCAAAGCAAGAACAGUUUCGCAACUAUCCGAUCUUACAGAAAAGUUAGAGUACCAUACCGUCGUUCCAGAGAAAUCAGAUGCAACAAUGGAUCUUGGUUCAAUGGAUGGCUGGAUGCCAGUCUUUGAUACAAACAAACUUUUGACGUACUACGUUCGAAAUGCAAGAUAUGAGCUCUAUCUGUUUGAUCUUACCACGGGAGAACAACUCGCUCAAGUUUUACCUGAUCAAAAAGAGACUGUGAUUCUGUACACCACAGCCCAGUCUGAUCCUGAAUAUUUCCUGUCAACUACAACACUCAACAAGCCGGUGACUAUGUAUCGUUUCACCUUUCCGAAUGGAAAGCUGAAUACCGAGCGCAUUUAUGACACCACCGUCAAUGGAGUAGAUCUUACAAGCAUCACAUCUGAGCAAAGAUGGUCAACCAGCAAAGAUGGAACAAAAGUACCUUUCUAUUUGUUCUACAAAAAAGGGUGUGUAUUCGAUGGUACAAGUCCUGCAUGGAUCUAUUCAUACGGUCAAUAUGGUUACAACAUCUUGCCGACAUAUAAAUCACAAUACGUCGACUGGAUUUUGAAUUAUAACGGUGUGAUGAUUUGGGGAAGUCCAAGAGGAGGCGGUGAGGUGGGCGGCGCAAGUUGGCAUGAAGAAGGAAUGAAAGCAAAAAGACAAAAUACGGUUGAUGAUGUUAUUUCAUUCGCAAAAUAUGCAACCGAGAACAAAAUUGCUGCACCGGGAAAGAUAGUGGUGAAUGGAGGCUCGGCUUCAGGUACAACUGCCAUGGUUGCAACGAAUCAAGCUCCUGAAGGCUUAUUUGGUGGAGCAUGUAUCGAAAGAGGAGUUUUAGAUAUGCUUCGAUUUAAAGUAUUGGAAAAUUCUGGAAAUGCAAAUGUGCCUGAGUACGGCGAUCCGGACGAUCCUUCUGAUUUUGAUUAUUUGAUCAAGUACUCACCUCUUCAAAACGUGAACAAAACCAAAGAAUACCCAGCUGUUUUGAUUUUCACAACUACCGCAGAUACAAGAGUCGCACCCAGUCAUUCGUUUAAAAUGACUGCUGAACUGCAAUAUGAUCUUCCAAAAAACAAGAAUCCAUUACUAUUGUAUCAAGCAGGUGGAGCCGGACAUGAAACAAAGCUCAACAGUAGAUCAUACACAAUCGAAACGAGUACUAUCAAACAAGCCAUCCUUGCUGAAGGUCUUGGCAUUCAACGUUGCUCUUGAGUGCGAGCAAAAGAAUGGACACUGAAAAGUUAUUAAAAAAUAUUGUUUCGAUAAGCUACUUUACAAAAUUACAAAUGAAUUUCUUAUGUGCGGUUCAAAAUUGUGCAUGGC